AUGUCAUCCAAGACCAGCAAUCAGAGUGAUGCUCAACACAGCAAGUUACGGAAACAGCUCGAGGAUGAACUCACAUACCGGAAUAGUGCACUUGAGGCUGCUGACUAUGACUGGUUUAUCAGAUCAGCAUCAUCAUCAUCCGUUCCACCGACAUCUUUGAAACCACCAGGAAUGACAGAUUCCCAAAGCAGCAAAGGUCUACCGUCGGUUUCGACCACCAACUCGGCAGUGAACACAGUAAACCCGGGAAAGCCAAUUUCUCCCUCACCAAGCAACGGUGAUGUGAUGUCAAGAUUAACACGUUGUAAGACAACGGAUAUUUCCACACUUCCCUCAAUGCAGGAUCGCGAGGAAAACAACGAUGAGGCAACCAGGAACGCGCUCACAAGAACAUCAACAAACGUCGAAACUUCGCUUCUUGAUGUUCGUACUCCGACAAGACAGAGACAUAGAAGCUAUAGUGAUCGGUCCACAGACUUGGAUAUAGGGCAGGAGCCACCAAUCAGGCCGGAAAAGGAGAAAAGGAACGCCAAGGAAAAGAAGGAGAAUAAGGGCGGCUUUUUCAGGAAGCUGUUUGGUCGCAAGGAGGACAAAAGAUCGAAGUCUGUCUUGCGUGCAUCUACAGGCAGGUCAGGCUCUCUUGCAUCGCAUUCUAUAGAUAAGGAGCCGUCAUCCUCAUUAUCGCCUGUGAGGACAACUUCAAAACCUAUUCCGCCUCCCAGAGUAUUGAACAACGAGGAAACAAGCAGCAUUUCAUCAACGCCGUCAUCAAAUCUCUCGCCGCUUAGCCAGAGACCCUCAUUGGUUGGCUCUGAGGACCCUUCGGAGAUCCGGCAGACAUCAUCGGUCUCAUCCUCACUUUCAGAAAAGCACAAUGAAGCAGAUCCGCUUCUCUCGGAGUACCUUUCUGAUAUGGAGCAGUGCUCCAAGCAGAGGACUUCUCAUCCAGAGUUAUCUGCCCAGCUAAAGCGUGUUUUUGCACCCACAACAAAGGCGCACAUCAAGUAUAAACCUGGAGUUGUUCCCGCCCAUCCGGACCUUCCAAAGCUCCCAUCUGCCUUUGCAAAGCAUCCGAAGUAUGGCGGAUCAUUGGAGUUUGAGCUUUUCAAACGCAGGGAGAGAGAAAAAGCCCAGCAGAAGGAGAAUGUCGGUGGAAGUGGUGUGUUUGGUGGAUUGUUGCACAGAACAAAAACAAACGUCUCGGACAACAUCUUGAUGAAGAUCAUCAGUAAUGACAGCGAUGCCUCCCCGCCUUUGAACUUUAAGCCUAUUCCAUACACAAAGCCACCGGCAAAAGUGGAAGUCAAGCCUCCAAUGAAGCCAUUACGGGAUGUUAAGCCGAUGAAGAAGGUGGCAUUUGCUACAACAACGUUUGUGAACGAUCCUCCGCAGCAGAUUCCGUCUCGCCAUCCCAGAAAGGGAAAUGUUGAGGUUGGCCCUAAAGGAGAGUUGAUCAUACACAACAUCUCGGAGGAGGAGCGGAAGCGUUCGACUUGUGGCAUAGUUGUGGGUGGUUCUGGCCAUUUGCGGUUGUUGAGUGAGAUAGAGGCCGAACAGAAGUUGAAGAAAAUGGCCAGCCGGACUGCCAAAGAUGAAAUAACAGAAAGUGUUUCUGCGCCAGGCAUGGAAAGAACACCCUCAGAGCACACAAUUAGAGCUGAGGAUAAGGCUGCAGCUGCAAGAAAGGCCCUUAAGAAUGCACAUUCUGGUGAGGCUGAUGAGCAUGAUCAUUUGUUCAUGAAGAACAACAUCAAAAUCGACACGCCGAUGGUCCGUAGGAAGCGGCAGAUGGAAAAGCCCGUUGUCACUUUGAAGAUUGACGAAUUAUACACGAGAUGCUGCCAUCUCCGUGAAAUCUUACCGAUUCCCGCCACUUUGAAGCAGAUUCCAAAGGGGUCUACUGAUCCAAUUCCAAUCUUGCGUUUGAAGAAUCCUAGCCCAUCCAUGAUUGAAGUUCUAGCCUUUACUGACUUCAUCCGUAUCGCGCCAAUAAUUUGUCUUUCCUUGGAUGGAGUCUCGCUAACCCACGAAAUGCUACGUCUUAUAUUGUCUGCCUUGCUGUAUAAAAGGUACCUUGAGAAGCUCUCUCUUAGAAACACGCCAAUCGACGCAGAGGGCUGGAGAAUGCUCUGCUGGUUUCUUUCAAUGAACAAGGCAAUGAAAAGCUUGGAUGUCACAGAGUGCCCUUCUCUUGUGGUCAACACGCAGAAAGUUCACAAGCACAAGAAAAAGAAUAAGGGUACUGAACAGCCUCGAAUGGUUUGCAAUAAGGAUAACAGAACUGAUAUGAACUGGCCAUUGAUGACAGCAUCCAUAAUAUAUCGCGGUGGUAUUUCGGAGCUAAUUCUUUCCGGAUGUAAAAUCUCAGAUUACGUCGUCUUCAAGAACCUUCUUGACUUGGGUUUGCCACGGACCAGGAAGUUAGGCCUUGCUUAUAACGAUCUCAGCUAUAGACAGUGCGAGAUUCUCACCGAAUGGCUUUCAAAGAAUGCAAAUUGCAUCGGCAUAGAUGUUGGAUACAAUGAUCUAUCCGGUAAGUUGAAGCCUUUUAUCGAUUACACAAGAAGCACAAACUUCACCACCCAGCUUUGUCUUAUCAGCUUCAACUGUUGUAACCUCCUUGAUACACCAGACACUGAAAUUCUGUUUGAUUCCAUUUCGAAACUGGAGCAUCUAAAAUAUCUAGACAUCUCCAAUAACAAAAAGCUAUUUCCCGGGUUUAUGAACAAGCUCUGCAUGUAUUUGCCGAUCUUCAAUGAGCUCUCGAGACUAAACUUUGAUGACAAUGGGUUGGACUCCAUUUCGAUGAUUAAGUUGUGCGAAUGCUUACCGUUGAUGUCACAUCUCAACUAUUUGUCCAUAAGAGGUAUGAAGAUGGAUAGAUCUGUCUGCCACGCUUUAUGCCACUCUCUGGAGCUAUCCAAUACUUUGUACACUAUUGAUUUCGACAAGGAGAACGUUCCAGAGAAGUACCAAAGAAGAUUUGGAUUGCUCACAAUGAAAAAUAUGGAGCGUACAUUCUAUGCCGGUAAUUCAACAAAGCACGAAAACAUUUUAGAUGCAAUCGGCGGUACGAACGAGGUCAGAAUAAUGAAGGAGCAGCUUGGAAUACCUUCGGGCGUGAACUUUGGUUAUGCCUUUAUUGAAAUUGCAAGGAAAAGGGCGGCUAUCUCGGAUGAGCAAGUGUCGAAAUUCUUGGGCGCUGCUGGUAGAUUGAGAAAAAAGAUGAAAGGUACAAUUUCGGAGCUUAUUAACCUGCAAUUACGCAGGAAGUUGACUCUUGAAGGUAAGGAGUUGUUGAUUCGUCUGGUGAAUUUGGACUCAUCCAUAUCGAAAUGUGUGGAUCUGGUUCGGGAAGGCAGCUCUAAACGUGUUUAUGAUACUUCUGCAGCCGCAAAGGAUUACUACGAUAAAGUUUUUGAGGAUAGCAGACGGUUAUCUACUGCAUCACCAUCACCACUUCACGAAGAUGAAACUGUUCAGUUGACUUCCGAUAAUAUUCCUGUAUCCGAAGAUGUUGAAGUUGCAAACGAAGGUGAAAAAACGUCUACCGAAAUGAUGUCUGACGAAGCUCAUGUGUUUAGGACCAACUCGAACCCAGACUUUAGAAGGGAUGUAGAGCUUUCAAAAAGAGCUGAAUCAGCAGAGAAGGAUGACAGCAAGGAAAAAUACAGAAGGAUUUUACUGAAAACACGUGAUCCAUUGGAUAUAUUGGGACUAUUGGGCACCCUCAAGUCCAAAGGUCUUUGUUUGGCUGAUAUAUAUGGAAAAGGUCCAGAUCAUGUGACAAUUAAAAAUACUAAAGCAAAUGCCCGCAAGGCAGAGCAGGUCACAGUCAUGGAGAAAAAUAAUAAAGAUACGUCUGGCUCGCAUGAAGAGGAUGUUCCGAGCGAGGAGAUUAUGCAAUUGUAUGACAGUGUUUUGAGAGAUUUAGUGAACAACAGAUCGGACACUGAUGAUUCUGCUGAUUUGAAGAGUACGUGA